UUAAAAUUCAAAAUAAAUGGGAGGAAGAAGAAAAUCGAAUAGGAUGCCAAAAAAAGAAAAAGUGCAAACAAUAAAAACAAUAUUUGAUUGUGCACUUUGUGGUUAUAAGAAUUGUGUUAUUGUUAAAAUGUAAAAAUAAAAAAAAGAAAUAGUAAAAAAGUAAUUAAGAUUGCAGAGUUAAAUUGUGAUAAAUGUUAAGUGUCUUUUACAACUAAAAUUAAAGGAUUAGAUGAGGCUAUAGAUGUAUUUCACAAAUGGUUGGCUGAAUUGAAAUAAAAGAAACUCACAAAAGAUUAACCAGAAAAUAGAUUUGAUAAUAAUUCAAGUGGUGAUGAAGGAUCUGGAAGAAAUGUAGAAGGUAAAUAUUUUUUUAUAAAAUUAAAAAUUAGAAAUUCUAAAAGACUAAGAAAAUAAUGAUAAUAGAUCUUAAUUUAGUGCUGAUUCAUUAGAUGAAAAAAAUCCAUAAUAAACAAAUAAUAACGAAAAAAACACAAAAAGUAAAUUAAAGAAACAAAAUUCAGAUGAAGGAAAUCAGAAUGAUGAUGAUGAUGAUGAUGAUGACGAUGAUGAUGAUGAUAUUUCAGAUUCUAAAUUGGAUUCUGAUAAAAUUUCAGAAAUUGAUAGUUUAUUAAGUGAUGAUGAGGAUGCUGAAGAAAUUAUUAAGAAAUUUAGAAAACGUUGAUUUCAUAUUAUUAUGUUUAAAAUGUUUAGCAC